CAGAGUUCCAUGAGGUUGUUCGCUACCCGGGUUUGGUAGCUUCUCAAACACAGAUGGAUGAAAAACUAUUCAAGGAAAAUGGAGAGACUUUACCGACACAGGAGGAGGAGAUGGAGGUUACCGAGACAACACAACCUGUUAGUCUCACUGUAACCUCUGACGGUGAGGACCUGUCAAAUACACAAACACAGUCGGAGGAAAAACAAGCUGUACUUACAGACUCUACUGCAGUGUUGCUUUCUUUGACCACUGUGUGUAAGACAGAGGAGUGUGAUGAUGAUGACUCCGAGGAUUCAGACAGUGACAGCUCCUCCUCUUCCUCCUCAUCGUCCUCUUCUUCCUCGUCCUCCUCUUCUCCCUCUGCCCCAGUAUUUGAGGAUGACGACGAUGAGGGUUUCAGCCAACCAGCCCCCAUCAAAACCAGAGACGAAGUCCUGCUCGAGGAGCUGCCAGCAGUAGAGGAGGUGUGUGUGUCGUUACCAGAGGAUGCAGAGCUGCAGCCUGUAGGAACAGUCUCCAGUAUCAUACAGCAGCUUGUGAUCAUCCAGUCUCUGAAAGACACGCCCCCUCUGACUGAUGACAGCAUCAUCUUUACGUCUGAUAGGCAGGCGGUGGGCAAGGUGUUCGAGGUGUUCGGUCCAGUCACCAGCCCACUGUACAUUCUGCGUCUGAACUCACUGGAUCAGAUAAAGACCAAGCAGCUGACGGAAGGAAUGACUGUUUAUUACGCACCAGCCAUCAAAGAGUACACAGGAUACAUCCUCACACAACAACUUAAACUUUUAAAGGGAUCUGAUGCAUCCUGGAAGAACGAUCAGGAACCACCUGAAGAGGCUUUAGAUUACAGUGAUGACGAGAAAGAGCAGGAGGCAAAGAGGAAGGUGAAAAACUCCAAGAAGAGGCGGGAUAAUAACAAUACAGAUAAUCCUGCCCAAAUUAUCCAGAACACUUUGCAGCAGCAGCAGCACCGUGAUGUCAGGGGUUUCCCACCAAGACACGCAGGGCCUUCAUUCAGGCACCAGAACCCGAGGAACAAACAUCCUCCAUUCAGACACACACACACACACACACUAUCCCAACACACACACGUGCCUCCCAUGAACCUCCCGCCUCUCUGCCCUUACCCUCCUCCCCUUCCUCACCAUUUUCCCCCACCCAGCUUCCCUUUCUAUCCUCCUCCUCCGUCUUUCUUCAAUCCAUCCUUCUCCUCUCCUCUCUGGCCGCCAAACUCUUUCCCUUACUCUGAUCUCCCCCCCCCUCCUCCCCCCCCCCCUCCUCCUCCUCCGCCUCAGUGACGCCUAACAGACACUCCGUAAGUGUACACACACUUCCUUCGGUGAGUUUAUGUUUUGGUCUUGUUAGAAGAACGUGUCGUCUGUCUUUUGACUGUCGGACGGACACAUCAUCCACAUGUAUCAAUCAUGUUUAUCAGUCUGCAUCGUCACGGAUUAUAAAAUAAAAUGUAAACUUCAAGUAGCUGAUGGGGCCAAGUGAUGGAACCACCUACUGUUGUGUUUUUAAGUUUAUGAUUUAAAACUUUAUUCUAAUUAUCUCGACCUCCUGUGGGAACAAGGAAAGUCGCCCCUGAUCAAAAUCAACUUUUAUUUUCUUUUUAUUACGUGCUGUUUACACCUUGUUCACACACAUUUACUGAAACACUGGAGAAGCUUUGUGAAGUUUGUGAAAUAUCACUUGUGACAACCAGUCACACGUGUUUGGAUUUCUUCAUGAAACCACUGAGCUGGUGGGACUUAUGAAAGAACCCAUGUGAGGAAAUGCAUCAAUCGGGAGUUCCUCUUUCACCAGUUUUAUGAAAAACUGCAGAACAACAGCUGAGUGUGUAAAUGGCAUGCCCACAGUGUAAGUACAUGUGUGUGAACGAGGUGUGAGCUCUACAUGUUUCUCUUGACCUCUCUGGCCCUGUUCAGACCUGGUAUUAACGUCUGUCUCAGGUGAUCCAAUCACCAGUGGACAGCUUUAAGUUCAGGU